AUCGACUGUUGUCCUAAUUUUUGAAAAUGGGAUUUUUUGCUGCAUUAUUCUGGAUGUUUUCAUUGGUUCGACGAUUGUUUGGAAAGAAAAAACCAUUCAAGUUACUGAAUCUACCAUAUCUAGCGUUUGCAAAAGUUUUAAACGGAAUGAAAGUCAAUGAGGCAGUGAAUCUAUCACAAACAUCCAUAAAAUGUGAAAUCAAAAUGAAACGAGUGAAGAAAAGAAUUUAUAAAAUUAUUAUCGAGAAUCUAGAUGACUGUGAAGAAAUUGAUGAGGAGAAUACUGAAAUCAAACAUUUACAAAGGAUAAUACUAGUUAACAAGAAAUGCGAUGUGAUAGAUGCUUACAAUUAUAUGAAAAACUGCAAAAAAUAUACACGGCGUGUUUUUGCCGGGUACAGUGUCAAUUUUUGGAUUUCUAAAUUCUGCCAAAUUUAUAAAGGGAAAAGUUCUUUCACAGAAAUUUCCUACCUAAAUCUUGAAGAUCUUAUUCAUCUCUUGCAACAUUUUCAUGAAUUAUUCGCGUUUGAUCAUGUGAAUCUGGUAAUGGAUCAUGGUAGACUUUUUGGUGAUUAUCAGGAAGUUGUGAAACAUAUAUUGUUUCGAAAAUGUCACUAUGUAGAAAUUUGUGGAAGGAAAUCGCGUCUUACAACUGAAAAUAUGCAAUAUUUAAUGAAUAAUAUUGAUUUAAAGUAUGGAUUGCUGAUUCGAUGUUGGCAUCCUUCUGGCUUUGACAAAGAGCUUUUAAGCGGAAUUCCUCGACUAGACAUUUUCUACGCUCAAAAUUACGAACUAGAAGACGUAAAGAAUAUAUUUCGUUUUUGUGAAGUUAUACAUCUUCAUAUACACGCAUUCACUGCAAAAUGUAUCAAACAGUUUAUUCUUCAUUGGUUGGCUGGUCACGUGCCAAACCUUCGAAGAUUCCGAUUUGUUUGUUUUUGCUAUCCCGAAGUUGUUGAUUACAUUUUGAAUGAAAUUCAACAUUUCAAAUGGGAUGCAAAUCGACGAGCAGAAAUAUUCAUAGAUGGACUGGAAAAAAUUAAUUGUGGUGCUGGGUAUGAUAUCGAGAGAGAUGAUGGUUUACUUGCUACACUAAUUUGUAUUGGCAAAGAAGUUGAAUUUCUAGUAUGGCACGACCGAUUCCCAAAUGAUUUAACGCAAAGAUCACACUGAUCAGUGAAUUGAAUUCAUCUAUGCCCCAACGGAACUUUGAAUUCUUAGAAAUGACCUCUCGCUUCCCCUAUUCAAUUGUUGUGUUUACAGAUGACAUUAAGAUUUUUAGCAACAACUCCCUAGAACUUCAAAAAACCAUCAUUGUUUCUUCAUCUCACCCUAAUCUUCCUCCUCUUGCUUCUGCCAAAACCUACAUCCUGCACCUAAGCCCUAAGAAUUCAAGAAAAAAACCAAUCGUUGUCUUCCUCGUCCCCAUAAUUCUAUGCAAACCUGUACAAAAUUUUUGUUUCUUCUAUUAUUUAGAAUUAGGGCUGUGCAACCGGACGUCCGGUUUUUUUGUUUUUUGUUUACAUCUCAGUGAGCCUGAGUGAGAUUGUAAACAAAAAACAAAAAAACCGGACGCCGGACGCACAAGCGUCCGGUUUUUUCGGACGCCGGACGCACACGCGUCCGGUUUUUUCGGACGCCGGACGCACACGCAUCCGGACGCCGGACGUCCGAAUUCGUCCGAAUUCGUCCGAUUGCACAGCCCUAUUUAGAAUGCAUCAGUUGUUUACUCCCGUUUUUUUUUUGAGAAAGUUUAUUGAUUUUUUCAAAUUAUUUAUCAAUUUUUCAGAAAAUGUAUCUACUUACAAUUUAAAAAAAUUACCGAUUUUUAAAAAUUGAUUUAUUGAUUUUUUUAAUGGAUUUUCAAACAUUUCGUCAAUUUUAUGAAAAUUGUUUUGAAUUGAU